AUGUGUGGAACCGUUCCCGCGCGGCACGGUGAAAGCUCGAGGGAGAUGAAUCAGGGUCGUGCGGAAUCAAGGAAAUUGAAUUUUGCGAGAAACCAGGAGAAACCCGCCACUGGAUACGCAAAGGCCAAAAGCGAUAUGCCCGGGACGCUCCUUGCUGGGAUGAGGAAAUUGAAUUUGCAAAAAAACUGCGAGAAAUGCCCUGCCCUAUUCUUACCAGCGUACAGACGG